ACCAGUCACCGACGACGCGGCCCGCGAACAGAGCAGCUGACACCGCAUCGCCGCUAUGACGCCAGCUGCUGUUCUCAGCAGACGCUGCCUAUAAGGAACACUUAAGUGAGCUUCAUCUGAUUGUCUGGCCUCAGUGUACAACAUGCUGAUGCUCGACAUGUCUUUCAAGCUGUUGCUGGUGUCUCUGGCAUCGAUGAGGGAGCUCGCCUCCGGUGAGGGCGGCGUGGGCCCGGCGUGCGCCUGCGGGCCGCAGGGCCACCUGGCCACCUGCAGCUUCAUGGACCUGACGCGGGUGCCGGCCUGCCUGCCCGGGGAGGCGGUCACCCAGCUCUACCUGGACCACAACAGCAUACAGCAGCUCACCGCCGACCAGCUGCGGCCCUUCUCGCUCCUGAGGUUCCUCUCUGCAGAGGGCAACCUCAUCACCGACCUGCCGCAGGACCUGUUCCGCUACACGCCGCGGCUGCGGGAGGUCUACCUGUCAGAGAACCGAAUAAAAAGCGUCUCCCCAUCGACGUUCCUUCCCGUGGCAAAUCUGCAGAAACUUGUUCUCAGCGAAAACCAUCUGUCGGCUCUACCACCGGAAAUCUUCAGUGGGCUGCCGAAGCUGCUGGAACUGGACCUGAGCGGCAACCAACUGACGUCGGUGCCGGCGGACGCGUUCCCGCGAUCGCUGCGGCUGCUGCGGCUGCACAAGAACCAGCUGGAGAGCCUGCCUGCCGCUUGGCCCGCAGCGCUGGAGGAGCUGGACCUCAGCGACAACAUGCUGCGGCGCGCGGACGCGGCCGCCCUGGACCGGCUGGCGGCGCUGCGAGAGCUGCGCCUCGAGGGGAACCCCUGGCACUGCGCCUGCGACGCCACCGGCGACCUGGCCGCGCUCGUCGCCCGCCGCAACUUCCUGGAGGACAUGGAGGACCCCAUGGUGUGCGCCUCGCCGCCAGACCUCAGGGACUCGCAGCUGCUGCACGUGCUGCGCUACUGCUACGUCGACCCCAGCGCCACAGGCGUCUCCGCCACGGCACCCACACUGCUCGGCCGUGUACCGACAGGUAUCCCAGAGACGAGUGCAAGACCUUCUGCAGCGGCUGCCAACUCUUCCGUGACACCCGCUACCGUCACGAAUACUACGGACGUCCCUUUCAAUCCGGCGUACAACCACGCGCAAAACACACUCGCCUUCAGUUUCAUCCUCCUCGUGUCGAUCUGUCUCGCUGUAGUGGUCGUCAUCCUGAUACGCAGGAUCUACGUCCUGUGCCGCGAGAAACGCUUCUGCGUCAGGCACGACGCGGAGAAGCUGACGUCAGAAGACGAGGAGUCAGUAGUCUAGCACCAUCAUCCAUAGAGCCGCCACCGUGCCGCUCAAUACCGCAUGAGAAGAACAAACCACUUUUUCAUAUCUUUGUUCUGUGUUGUUAUUGAAAAACUGUCUCCUGCGCGCAGCGUCAAUGAAACGGUACAGCACAGAAACUUGACACAAGAACCUAAACAACAAAAUUGUGUUCAAUAAAAUUCUUCAGGGUAUCAGACCGAUGACGAUGCGGUCUGAUACCCUGAAGAAUUUUAUUGAAGAUGACAACGGCCGCGGAAGCCUACGCUUACAACAAAAUUGUGUUUUAUAUUUCAGGCAAGAAAGCGAAGUAGAUCCUCGGCAACGGACUCUACUCGUACCUAAUUGCUGUCGUUAACUAGUCUGCAACUCUAUACUUAUCAGAUUCUUCUUAACACGUUCUCCAUAGAAUGGAACUGAAGUUCCUGCUAAAUAGUGGAAGUAAUUUUCCAACGGCAGUGAAAAUUGUGGUGCAUUCUAUUGCUGAUACGCAGUUUAGAGACCUCCAUAGAUUUCAUCAGUCUGUCUAGUGCCGAUUGUAGGAAGAGGAUACGAACGUCGUCUACUAUGGAAGAUGUUGAAUGAAAUAUUUUCUGUUAUUUGUUACACGUAACGACAAAUAAACUGUGGGCGACUUCCUUCAACCUAUACAACUGCAGGCGAAAGUUCUCGUGUGAGUUUUGCUGUUGGUAGAACGAUGAAUUUCUCGUACAAACAGAUGUUUCAUGUGCACAAACGAUAAAUAACGGGACAUUUCUAUAUGUGACAUAUAUGUGGCUUACCAUUAAACUGUUACCGUUAGAAAUAAACCAUUCUCUUUGCAGUAAAGUGGUAAAUGUUUCCACGGAAUCAAGAAGGAGAUUUUCUUUCAUAAACAAUUAAUGAAUUAGGAAAUAUCUGUUUGUUGUACUCUUCUGUGAACACAUAUGAGCUAUGAAUAAUGAGACAGACAUACAAACCGUUGACGUUUGUCUGUCAACAGUACCAUGAUAAUGGUACAUCAUUCAGAAAAGCUAGCUAUUCAGAUGUUUAAUAUGUUGUAGUCGUUCUCGUGAUGAAAAACAAAUGCAGAAAUUUAUGAGGUGCUUGUAACACCUAGAAUAUCACCUCAGGUACUGAAAUUUGAAGGGGAGCGCCGGAAAAUAACGGGAGUAAUUGUUACCG